GUGAAAUGAGUUUUGUCAUUUCAUUACUAUCGUCCUUAGUGAUAAGUGCAUGAAGAGAAUGACAACUUGGCUUCUAUUCACCGCGUGAAAUGGGUGAGGACGACAUCGCAACGGAAUACCCGGAGCACUUGAAUCCGUUCAAAGAACCGAAAAAGCGCUCCGCCAUCGGAAAUUCCUUCCGGAACUUGAAGAGAACGCUGCGGCAGUCGUUCCGUUUGAAGAAUAGGGAUGACAAGAAGGUGGAGGUGCGGCGCACUGAUCAAUCAGCGGGUGCGGCUCAUCUCAAUCAUCGAGGAACGGAAACUGUUGCCCUGCGGAAGCCAAACACCGUUCAACGAUCGAACACUCUGGUGCUUCCACGCUCCAGGUUUAACGAGAGAGUAAAUCAUGCUAAAACUUUAUGUCCGAGCGCUACAGAUCAAUUAAACUCGUCGAACCCCUUCGAGGAAGAUGCGGACGAGAAGCCCGACGAAACCGAUAAAUCUCCACUCAAUCCGUUUGCGGAGGAAGAAAUACCUGCGACGGAUACCCUCAGGAAGCGACACAGGAGAAAGAAACGCGCACCUCUACCCCCUCAGUUGAAUAGGUCCGAAGGUAAUCUCCUUAGCGUCCCAGAUCAUCAUAACUCCAAAUGGAGCUUAAACUCCUACGAUACGGACAUCUCAAACUACGCAUCCGAAACGGAGACGGAAUUCAAUGAUGAUCAUGAGCCGUCCAAAGAAGACGUUAGUACCGAUCAUUUGAAAGACAUACAAGAGAUGACAGCCGAAAUCCAAAAGCUAUGCACCAACGACAUAAAAGAAGAAGUUGAAGAAGAAGAAGGCGAGGAUACAAAUAGGAAUGUUGCAAUGAACGAUAAUGCACAUAGUGAUAGUAUAAAUAAUACCGAUCAGAACGUGAUACUUGGUGAUAACGCUGAUAAGGAUAACGAAAAACCAACAGAUAAUGAAAGUAGCGAGAAAGUGAAAAUAGUAUGCGAGGAAAAAAUAGCGAAUGACAAUAAUUUGAAUGUCGCUGAGAAUCAUUCGAAUGACGAUCCUGAAAUUCCGACAGUUAAUUAUGAGAAACAAAUUAACGAGGUUGUUGAAAGCACAAAUGUUGCACAAAGUGAUUUAGAAACAAUUAACAAAACUGAAUUAGCCGAUGUUAAAAUUGAGGCAGAGAUAAUUAUAUCAAUUAUUGAAAAUAUUGAUGAUGUUGCGGUGCAACAUAAAGAUAUUAAAGCGGAGGUCGUUGAAGGUGAUGAGAAUGUCGUAAGCGAGGAUGCGUCAGUAUUAGUAGAUGAUGAUCAUGAGAGGAAGGAAGAGACGGUUCUUUUGGACGAUCAUAAUAACAAUACAGAUGAAUUGUCGGGAGUCACUGACGUGCACUUCUACGAGUCCAAAUCAAUGUACAUCGCUGGAUCUAACGACAAUUUGCUAGAGUUCAACCAAAGGAAAUCUAUUUAUGUAUCUGGUUCGCGUGACGAAUUAAACAACAACUUGGAGAUGAUCGAUGAAGAUCAGCAGCCGAUUCCGAAAAUACGUAAGCACAAACUCACAAGAGGCUCACUUUUGGGCAGACAAGAUAACGCUUAAAAUAUCUUUAUUACUAGUUAUUAUUAUA